AUGACCGUUGAGCUCUAUCGGACAGCAGACAACUCAAGCCAGUUCUACGAAUGCGCUCCAUUGGCUAAGGAAGAGGUUGUAGAAUACAACCUCACAGACAAGUAUCUCGGUGUUUGGAACCUUCGAGACUGUCCGGAGAAUUUUGAUUUCGACGUUGCACGGCAGAAAUGUCUCGAACGAAAGACAAUGCGACGUCAACAGGCAGCAUGCGCAAAGAAUCCAACAAGUACUGGAUGCCAGACACCCUGCGAAGAAGCAGUUCUCCACCCAGAUCCAAAAAGUAAUGCCUACUUCAUUCAGUGCAGCCCUCAAACAUCAGGGGCUUCGUGUGGCGAAUGGACUCGCAUGGAGUGUGCACCCAACACUAUCUUCUCCAAAUCUUCCGCAAUAUGCGUGUCUAUGACAGUUCAAACAUCUACCUGUGAAGCGCUGCAGGAACCAGUUUGUAACUGUGCACGAACAGCUGGGGCCACUCAAUGUCCUGGAAUAAGUACAUGUCACAAAAAUAUCUGCUGCCAAGAGAAAGAUGUCCUUGACAAUUUCAUCCAGCAUCAAGCUCCAUUAUGUCCCGGAUCACUCGUCCCUCCACUGGCGUCCUGCAACGAGCCUUGUCCUCAGUACUCUGCCUGCAUCCCUGGACUUGGAUGUUGCCCAGUGCCAGUGAUUCAAGAGAAACAAGCUAUACAAAUAAGUGAAGUUUCCGGUCCUGCUAUCGUUCAAUAUCCUUAA